AUGACUCUCAUAAAACUUCUGUUUCUUGUGCCAUCUGUCCUUGUGUUCAAUAAUGCGUACAUCUCCCCAGCCCCAAUGCCCAAUGAUGAUGAAACCAUCAGCGGCGGCCCGCUCUAUGAGCGUAUCUGCCCAGUCAUUUUCCCUAUAUUACAACGGUUGUCGGGUUUGAUACCCUGUGUUGCUGAAAUAGCCGUCAUACUCGCGGCUCAUUAUCCGUCGCCUAUCUCGUCUAGAAUCCUAUCUACUCUAGUUCAUACCGGACAACUUCCAGAUAUGGUACCAGAUAGGUACUUCGUACUCGGAACAAUCCUCACCUUCAUGGGCGGUAUGGGGCGACUAUGGUGUUUUAGCGUCAUGGGACGCCAUUUCACUCACCAGCUCAGCUUGCGCAAGGACCACUCCCUUGUCACAUCAGGCCCGUAUGGCAUCGUGCGCCAUCCUAGCUAUACAGCCAGCUGGAUCGCCUCGUGUGGGAUCUCGCUCAUUUAUGCGAGCCCCGGAUCGUUUACGCAGUCAUCUGGGUGGCUCUCUACUUACUUUGGGCGUGUUGUAUUUGGAAUAUGGGUAAUUCAAGUUAUACUGUCCGGCGUGCUAAGCUGUGCACGGGCCAUCAGCGAAGAUGCAAUGCUUCGCAAGCGUUUUGAGGGAGAAUGGGUCCGAUGGUCUAAGAGGGUGCGCUACAGACUCAUUCCGGGCGUGUUCUAA